ACUAUAUCCGUGGGAUCCUCCGAAUGGACGGAGAAGCGGCACCGGAUAGAGCAGGAUUCCCGGACAUUAGUGUGACCAGUUCGCUGGCCACACAGAGCAUCACACAGGCUCUUUUCCUUAAUCCGAUUUUGUUCCUGAGCCAAUGGACAACAUGAGCAGUGUGUUCUUGACAGAGGAAGAAGCACAUUCUAUCUUAAAAAGAUACCCAAGAGCCAAUAGUUUUCUUGAAGAGAUCAAGCAAGGGAACAUUGAGCGUGAAUGCCGAGAGGAGGUGUGCAGCUAUGAGGAGGCAAGGGAAGCCUUUGAAAAUGAUGAAAAAACUGACGCAUUCUGGAGAGAGUACACUAAAGCACAUCAGGGAGAAGUCAACUCUGACGGCAACUGGUAUCCCUUCUAUCUUGCUUUUCCAUUGAUCAUUGUCUUUUUCAUCAUCCUUGUGGUCCUCUUUCUGGUGUGGAGAUGCAUUUCCAAAAAGAAGGCAAGCAGGCAAUCGGCCUAUAUACCUAGAGGGGUGCGGGAAAAUGCUGCCGAGGUGGGCAUUGAUCCAGAUGGAACAACCGGGCAUCACUUACACCAUCAUAGCACAGUUAUGUGUUCCCUGGAAACCGCUGCUGACAGGGCAGGGCACCCUGGUGGAUUUAUUGAUUAUGAUGUGCAUUCUGAUACUCUGUCAGCUGGACUAUCGAACUGUGACCCUCCACCCUCCUAUGAGGAAGCCACGGGGGAGCGAGGUGCGAGAAUCAUUGGACCAUCACAGAAUCCCACAGAGCCACCUCCUCACUAUGAAGAUAUAGUCUCUUCUGCUGUUACAGUACCUCAAGCAGUCAAUGCUGUCAAAUAACCAAUGAUGAAGGAUUAUCUUAUCAGACAAUAUAUAUUUCUUUUUUUCUUCUCUUUUUUUUUUUUUUUUUUUAUUGCAAAUUAAGUAUUUUUAAAUACAAUGUUUAUUUGCCUUUUGGACAAAUGUUUACUCCAGGGAAUUAAUAAAACACUACUUUUUUUAUUUCUUAUCAGAAUAAACUUCAAUAAUAACUUGUACCUGAAUUGCAUUGGUUAUUCCACAGUCAUAUAUAUGAAACAGUCUGUGCCUGGAAGGAAAUAUAUUGUUGUUGCUGAUUUUGCUAGACUGCGUUCUAAUCACGUUUUCUAUGCUCACCUUUAUGUCCUAACUAGAUAGUGACUUAUUUAAGCCAGAUUUAUACUCUAAUUAUUGCAAUAAUUUUUUCCUAUGUAAUAAAGGCUGGCCUAUGAGUUGUAACCACCAUUAACCAAUGGAGUGCAUUUAUUUUUUGUUGUAUUGCAAAAAUAUUAUGCAUAACAGAUUUUUACUUUAUACCCAAUUGUAAUUCUGGUGCUUAAAUAUAAUUGGUAUAAUCUUUGAGAGUGAUAUUGUCUGCUCUGAAAUGGCCAAUUUCUGAAUUGGCAGUAUUUUGUUUACCUUUAAAUUGGUUGAAUAAAGAAAUGCUAAAUUUGUGUUAUUUAUAUGUGAAUAUAACUGCCUUAACUACUUUGCAACAUCAUUUUGUAGUUUUUCCUUUUAUUAUGAUGAUUAUUUUGAUUAACCUUUCAGGUUUGAAUGAAUGUCACAAUGCAGCAAUAUAUUUUAUGCCAUUGCCAU